AUGAGGAUAAUCGGUAAAAGCUCCACAAAACGCGAACUGGACAAUUUAGAGAUUUUGAUAAAAGACGUAAAUUCGAUCAUCACGAGUUUCGUCGAACAAACCGUCGAAUUACAACAACACGUGGCAGAUUGUUUCCUUUCCGAAUUCGAUAUCCAUGGUUCAAUCGAUUUGAGAGCCAUCACUAAACUGGCACGCAUAACGUCACGUUACGCAUCAUCGGAAAGUUUUCAAAAUCUUGGAAAAUAUCAGAGAAUCACCCAAAAGCUAUUCAAUGCUUGGCAGAGUUUACGGAAAGAUGCCUUAGAAUGUUCAAGCAAAUACAAAGCAAGUAUCGCAGUGAUUCCAGCGAAACUCUGUUUCUUCUUCUUUUAUAAUGGAGAGCUAUGCAAAGCGGUUGUAUGUUUGCUUGAUUAUAUAGAACUCGUGCCGGAGGACGUACUUACGAUGGAAGCAGCACUCCGAUGGCUCAUGUUUCUGGGUGAAACAGAGUUAGCUGAAAAGAAGAUCAAGCAAUGGAAAAUGGAGAAAAGUUCAGAAGAUCUUUUUGAAGCCACUAAAAUUGCUAUUUCAUACCUUAAAAAAUCGGAUAAUCGAGUAGAUAUGCUGAAGAAAAUGAUUGAUUUACGCGAUAAAAUUCGAGCUGAAAAUGUUCGCUCUUUCCCGAAAUACGAGCUUGCUUCGUAUGUCUAUUGGCUCUGUUCAACAUUCAGUAAUGUUCCAGUCGGGAAAACUCUUAAUGGAUGUGAGUUUCCCGAUCGAAUGUCACAGCUCCAAGAAGCAUCCUCAAAGGCAGAAGCUAUCAUUCGAAAUCGUGUCCCUGGUUUAGCCGCAUAUCAGUUCGACAACUCAGUGAGCACAUCCAUCUGGCCAUUUCUCGAAGAGAAGCAUCAUGGGUCGAGUACUGACUACAUUCACCUAGGCAGCACAGUUGCUUGGCACUUCGAAAUGCGUCGGGAAUGGUCACUUGUCAACGUUUCAACUGCACAAACUCGUGAUUCGAUGUCAUCCAUGAUUCUGAACUGGCGGAUAGCGCUUAAAUCUGCAUCGUUCUUCCGGAUUCUUCAAAUGACUAAUUUGCUGGCGUAUUACACAACUAUCAUCGAAGAAGUUGGAACCGAGAAAAACGCCAAGCUUAUGCGGAUUUCCGUAGUUAAUUUGUUAUCUGCCAAUCCGGUGUUGGUGCGAUGUAGUACACCCAAAGAGUCUAGAGGUCCAUCAAGAGCCCAAACACCGUUGCCAGGUGAAAAAAGUGGAUAUGUGCCGCAUAUAUCAGAGACCAUGGUAGCGCCUUUGGAAGAUUUAAUGGAAGACUUAGAUUUAUUUGAUGAACAACCAUUCCAUUCUGUCACUAGAACAUGUCCCUGUAAUGUGUGCUUGCAUUACCCCCUCAGUUGUACAUUCGCGGCGGAAUAUAUGAUGUCAUACUGUAUCCAUUCGAAUUUCAACCAGACUUCAUUGAAGCAUUUCAAUGAGGAGUUUAUUCGUAUUCGAGAACGAGGAAUGUCAAGUCAAACAAUGAUGCAGCGUAACACUCAAGUGCGACCUAGACCUAAUAUCAUUCAAAACGAAGUGUUUGGAAUGUGCGUUUGUCAAUGGUUAGUGAGAAAAAUUGAUUCAAAACAAUACGUCGAUCAAGAAUCCUUGGAAAUAUUCAAUAACGCAUUAAAGAUUGUCCGAUAUCUCAAUAUACGAACCACGGAUCUGAUGCUAGCAGUGCAACAACUCGGAAGACAACUCGAAUUUCCUCAGGAUUGUGACUACAGUUGGAUGCAGCCAGUUAUUAAGAAACCACGAGUUAAAGCUGGAAUAGAAAAUGCCAUUGAUUUGUUUCGCGCUGUUUCUCCCUUCGGACGUCGCCAAAAAUGUGAUAUACAAGUUGAUGAUCGGCCCUUCGACAGUGCACGAUACGAGAAAAUUCGAACGGAAAUGAAACUAGAAAUGAAUCUCUACGGACAUAUACUUUAUCGAGAAUGGCGUUGCCGAUUAUUCCCAUACAUCGGAAGAACUUCGACAGAUCCAUGGGAAGCAGGUUAUGCGUGGGCCGAGUCUACACUCAUUGGUUCUAGAAAUGCAAUCCAAUGUCGACUGGAAAAAUGUAGGAAAGGAAUGGUCACUAUAUCUGGAAAAGAAAGAUUCGAAGCUUGCGUUCGUACUAUGCCAGAUGACAUGACACUCGUUCAAAUUGCUAUGGCCGAUGAUAAGAAAAUAUACAUGAUCAAGUUACAUGCUGAUCGGGAACCAAUCAUAAUGCCUCUUGCUCAUUAUUCACAAGCCUUAGAAUUGAUGGAUAAGUUUACAUUCAUGUUGGAAGAAGAUGAGCGUAUUGCCAAGUAUCCAGGAGAAAUGACCCCUGAAGAGUUUUGGAAACGACGAAAAGUAGUUGAUGCUCGUAUGAAGUUGUUCCUUGAAGAAGUACAGAACAACUUUUUGAAUGUUGCGGCAAAUUUGUUGAUGCCCUCCGGACGUUUGGGAGAAAAUGCAGCUAAAAUAGCAACGAAGAUUUUCCAAUCAUCAAAAGGUGGUCUUCUGCUUGGCGAAACUAAAGAAAUGGUGUAUCUAUCGGGAGCAAUGGAUUUCAAAUCUUGGAAAACAUUAGUGCUCAGGUUCUGUGGAAUGCGUAAGAUAGAUGAGACAUUUGUAAGUUAUCUUCCUACGUUUCACAAACGGUCGAUCGAAGAAAUGAAAAGGGACCAAGAGAAGAACACAUCUACUUCAAAUGUAAAGAAGAAAUACACCUACCUCGUUAUAUGCCCACAUCUUUCACAAUUUUGCUGGGAACGUCUGCCAAUUUUUGAUGAUUUUCCAUACGUUGGACGCCAAGUGUCAAUCCAUUCACUGUUCAGUCAGUUAGAAGCGAUGAGAAAUCAAGAAAAACAGAUACCACUUCAAAUUGACGUUCAGAAUGCGUAUUACGUUUUGGAUCCUGAGAAUAAUUUGGGUGAAACGAAGCGGCGGAUGCUCGAUUAUAUCAAUAAUUUCAAUUGGAAGGGAAUAGUAGGAGAAGCUCCCAGUUCAUCAGAUAUUACUACUGCACUCUCGCAAUGUGACGCAUUUUUCUACUUUGGUCAUGGAUCCGGAUCCUCAGUUAUGCCUCGCUCAGUCAUAAAACAGUCAACAUGCAAUGCGAUCAGUAUGUUAAUGGGUUGUGGAAGCGUACGAACGAUUCCACAAGCACUGGGAUUUGAUGGGAAGUCGGCACUUCACGACUAUGCAAUGGCGAAAUGUCCACUGAUUGUUGGUUGUUUGUGGACAGUUACAGACGGAGAGAUUGAUCGAUUUCUGAUCCGAAUGGUUGAUGAUUGCUUUGAGAAAACAAGAACGGCUACUGGUAUCGAUAGGCUGAGACAACUAUCAGAGGCAAUGCAUGAAGCUCGAUCAAAAGCAAAACUGAGAUAUCUGACUGGGGCAGCUGUUGUUAUGUACGGACUACCAGUAGUCUCCAAACCAGACGUCGGGAAGGAAAACAAUCUUCAUACUCCGAACAGAAACCGAAGCGUUAGCGGAAGGAUGACGCCUUCAAGACAAAAAUCACCGCUAGGGAACUCUGGAAACGCACCCAAAACUCCUGCUCAAAAUAAUUCUUUGAGUGUUCGUAAAGGAUUACUCAUUUCGAAAGAGAUUUCAACUCCGGAACAUAUAACAAGCAAUCGCAGAGCAUCCCGAAAAGAUGGACAGCUAAAUUUAGCGGGAAAUUCAUUAAACGCGGUACAGGCUGCAACCCCAUUACGUGCAGGUCAUGCACUGAAAACUCCGGGAAAAACUUCAAAAGUGGAUGUUAAAGCUUCAAGUGAUCGUGAUCUGAAAACUCCCAAGAAAACAAAAACUUUUCCGGCCGACUUCGACGAGAGUGAUGAACUUCCAAAAAGAUCAACGAGGCAAACGAAACCAACAACUCAAACUGUUUCUGAAGUUCUAAGCAGUACUGUAGAAGCGAGAACAACUCGAUCCAGCGCCAGAACUCCAUCGAGAUCGCGAAGAUUUUAA